AUGGCUGAGGAAAUCGACUACGAGUCGCUUCCGAUUAACUCUCCGCUCUCCCACCAGUUAGCUGCUGGCGCUUUUGCGGGGAUCAUGGAACACUCUAUCAUGUUUCCGAUUGACGCGAUCAAGACCAGGAUGCAAGCUCUAAGCGCAUCUUUGGGUUCAACAACAGCAGCGACGAAGUUGCCGUCCAAUAUAGUACAGCAGAUUGCCCGCAUAUCGACCACUGAGGGCUCGUUGGCCCUAUGGAAGGGUGUGCAGUCUGUGAUUCUCGGUGCUGGGCCUGCGCAUGCUGUCUAUUUUGCCACUUACGAAAUGUGUAAAGGCUAUCUGAUCGAUCCGCAAGAUUUUCAAACGCAUCAACCGCUAAAGACUGCCGCAAGUGGUAUCGCAGCAACCGUUGCCGCGGAUUUUCUGAUGAACCCUUUCGACACCAUAAAACAGCGCAUGCAGCUUCAAUCACCCUCCAAAAAGGGCAUGUGGUCGGUUGCAGCUUCGAUUCGUCAAAACGAAGGUUUGGCAGCUUUCUAUUAUUCGUAUCCUACAACGAUUGCUAUGAAUGUACCCUUUGCAGCAUUCAACUUUGUGAUUUACGAGUCUUCUACGAAGCUUUUCAACCCUACAAACACCUACAACCCACUCAUACAUUGUCUAUGCGGUGGUAUUAGUGGCGCUGUAUGUGCUGCCAUCACCACUCCACUUGAUUGCAUCAAAACGGUUCUACAGGUUCGUGGAAGUGAAAGCGUCGUGAAUCCACUGUUCAAGAAGGCCGAUACUUUCUCAAGAGCAUCAAGAGCCAUUUAUCAAGUGUACGGCUGGUCCGGUUUUCUGAGGGGUAUCAAACCUCGUAUCAUCAGCAACAUGCCUGCUACUGCGAUAUCAUGGACUGCAUACGAAUGCGCUAAGCAUUUUCUAUUCAAGGGAGACCAGAUUUUGUAA